CGUCCUAUUAAUAAUAUCACUAUUAAUUUCCUCUGACAGAUGAUUCACACGACUUACUUGCUUAAUGUUACUAAUGGUGCGUAUAUUGAUCGCGCGCACACGUCUAACGCAACCUUCGCGCCGACUGAUAUACAUAACGUGCACUUUCACACACGAGGGCUUUACAUCCGCGGACGAUUAAUCUCACGGUUUAUCUCUUAAAAUAUUAAGUGCUCUGAUCUUUAUACGUCUUUACAAGUAUGAGAAUUUUUUUUUUUUUUUCAAAGAGAAAGAAAAUCGAUAAUUACAUAUUGCUAACUACGUAAGAUUCUAUUUAAGUGAUCCGGCGGAUGGAUAAGCGGUCUUCUUCAAAUAAAGAAUGAUUAAUAAUAAAAAAGAUUGAUUGAUUUGAAAUCGUCUAUCUUUUAUUCGCGUUUGCCCGCUGCUUGGAGAUCGAAUCGGUUAAUUCUCCCCGUAGUUAGAAGGUUAAAGAACAAGAUAGCAUUGCGAUAGAUGAAUUGUGUCAAUUAUUAGAUAUAACUUGCGUGACCAACUGGUACCACGUGUCUAUUUCUCUAGUCGUAUUUAAUGUUGUCAAUCAAUCACUCAGUAUCACAAUCAGAUACCGAAAAUUAUUCUGCUUCUUUCUUUGUCAUCUCAUUGUCAUCUCGAUAUAGAUAUUAAUCAGUUUUCAAAUACAAAAAAAAUUAAAUAAAUAAAUAAUCUAUUAGUCAAUUUUUUAAUUAUUCAAUUAGAAUAAGUUUAGAAUAGACAGAAUCUUAUAAGCUUUGUCUCUGAGAAAAAAUUUGAAAUGAUUAAAACACAAUUUUUUAUCGCGUUUAGAGUAUUCAAUUAUGCAAAAAAAUUCAAUCUUUAAAUUGUUUAACCACUGACCAUCUUGAAAAAACUGACUGCAUAAUUUCGUUACGAUUAUAAUCAGUUUUCUACGGGAUAUAAUCAAUUUACAACAAAUUUCUCCACCUGUCAACCGCGCAUAUACAAAACGUAAAAUUUAUCGUUCCAUUAAAAACAAAUAAACAUAAGUCUAGAAUCGUGUGCGCGCCUGAUUAUCAGCUGUCGCAUCUAAUUUUCACGGUCAACGAAGCCAAAGUGUGACGCACGUUUCGGUGAAAAUGAGCGAACAGUUACCCCUGACUUUGAUCCAAUAGAAUCACUAAAAAGAUAAACCGCGUGGGAUCUAAUGUCGAGGGAGCUGACAGCGCCCGCGCGUACCAGAACGCGUCGGCGAAGUUUCCGUCAGCCCUUUUUCCCCCCUUUAGACACUUUCGUCGGUCGCGUGACACGUUGACAUAAAACGGCUCGUCACUACUCUGCUGUCGUUCAGGUCAGGAUGACUGGAGUAUCAGUAUCGACUUACCUAGCUGCUGGUUAUGCCGCACGAAGCAUUUACGGUCAAAGGCGAGAGCCACGGGGCGAUCCGCUGAUGAAGACGCGCACGGAUAAGAUGUAGUCAGAGAUACCGUUGAAGAAUGCGGAGCUUCCGGCAGCUUUCGCUCGGCACGUUCAUAUUCGCAACGUGUUAUUGUAUCACCCACGGAAAAAAUGAUACGUCGGCCGAACAAAGUUCCGUGGAGGCAUCGAUACCCGCAGAAAUGAAAAUAACAUCUUGGAACGACAUGCCAUUUUCCGGAAUAGUGAAGGAGAACGGAACAUGGGUAGGAAAAGGCUACGCGUUCCAUUUGCUCGAGCUGCUCAGUUCAAAAUUAAAUUUCACAUACACGAUCGUGCCGCCUAAGCAUCACGUGUUGGGCAACAGUCAACAGGGAAUAUUAAAUUUGCUUUACGAAAAGAAGGUGGACAUGGCGGUGGCCUUUUUGCCCAUUUUGCCGGAAUUGCGGAAGUAUUGCACAUUCAGUGUAACCCUGGAACAAAGCGAGCUGACAGUACUGAUGAAGCGACCUCAAGAAUCGGCGACUGGUGGACUACUCGCACCGUUCAACGAAACUGUUUGGUUGUUGGUGCUAACCGCGGUGAUUUCCUUGGGACCUAUAAUCUACAUUCUCGCCAUGUUCAGGCGGAAAUUGUGGAAUAAACCCGAUUCCGAAAACUACAGCCUUUCCUCUUGCGUAUGGUUCGUGUAUAGUUGUUCGUUGAAACAAGGAUCGAAUAUGAAAGCAACGACAGACUCAACGCGGAUUCUCUUCGCCACGUGGUGGAUAUUCAUUUUGAUACUGACGUCUUUCUACACGGCAAAUCUUACCGCGUUCCUCACGAAGCCACAGUUUACCUUACCAAUCAACAACGUGCGAGAUCUAAUGCGUAAAGGUUACCAUUGGGUCACUUACAAAGGACGCACGCUCGACUUUUUGCUUUCUCAAUUUUACGAUGCGGAAGACUUACGUAUCUUAAACGCCACACGAUGGAAGGGUCCCCAUAUCGCGUCGUAUGAGCAUCCGAUUAAAGAUAUUUUCCAAACCGUGGGGAAGAAAAAAGUAUUCCUCGGGGAGGCUCAUUUCCUUCAAAGUCUCAUAUUCGAGGAUUACGUCAACAAAACCCGCGAGUAUAAAGAGCAUAAGAAGAGAUGUACAUACGUUAUUACGCCCCACGCACUUCUCGCAACCAAUAAGGCAUUCGCAUUCCCCUUAAACUCUACCUUGGAGAAACCGUUCAAUAAAGAACUUUUAACUUUAGUAGAAUCUGGUAUAAUACAACACGAGAAACUGAAGAAUCUGCCAAUCGCGCAGAUAUGCCCGCUGGAUCUUCGGUCCAAAGAAAGACGAUUGUCGUUGGAAAAUCUAUCCCUAACAUUUAGAGUGGUCAUCGUUGGAUAUGCAAUCGCGAUAGUGAUUUUCGUUGUUGAGAUAGCGAUCAAAUGGAUGGCAAACUCUAAUAAACGGCGAAAGAAGAUUGGCAAAUGGUACGAUCGCACGUCGCUCUGCAGCAGGUGGAAACGAAGAUCAAAAGAAUCUGUACUCCCGCAACUGGUCUACACUACUAAGAAUCAGCUGUUCGACAAACGGGUCAAUUUGCAGAAGAUAAACAUGCGGCCGCCAUAUCCAAACUUUCUGCACAAUGUCACUAAGACGAAAAAACAUAUUAACGGGCGCGAUUAUUACAUCGUGCUGGAUCGUUACGGCGAUCAGAGACUAAUACCCAUUCGCACUCCGUCCGCGUUUCUAUUUCAGUACACGGCGUAGCCCGGAGAGAAUGGUUUUCACGUCCGAACCGGCGAACCGUGGCAAAUCAUCGGCGGAAUUCAUACAAAAUUUCCAUAAUUUCGUACAAAUUGCAUACUAAGCGCUGUUAAUUUGUGUACGCCGAAAAUUGUACAAUCAUCAAUCAUAUAGUCGAUUUAUCGACAUAAUGUAAUAUUAUUCAGUGAAAUAGCGUUCCUAGUUAUUAUAGAACUUUACGUACAUAUUUUACGUCCAGGUAUUAAUUAUUUUUUACAUAAAAUGUGCAUAUUAAAUAUACAUAAAAAUUAUAUACAAUAAGUAAAAUAUUGAGUACAGAGAAUAAGAUGGAAAUAUAUAUAAAAAGACAAAUAAGUCCAAUUUCUUUUCGUUGGAGAAUAAAUGUCUAGUCUUUAUAAAAAAUUUCAAUGAAAAAAAUUAAUAAAACCUUAUUAUGCACAGAA